UCCUAUGAAGCGAUGGAAUGAUCCUAAUGAUAGCGUAGAACAGCUGUAGUGGCGCCUCUCGACUCGCUUAUAUGCAUCUGGAAUUCAAAUCGGAAUAACUUGGAAAAAUGUUGAAGUAAGAACGGUUCAUUGUCGGUGCCCUGUACGACAGUCAGUGGCAACGGGGUCUUGGCGCAGCAACGACGAAUCCUUUAAAAACCACCUACUACUUGGGAAUUAGUUGUAACUCACCAAUGGCAAUUGCUUCUCGCCUUCUCUCUCUGGUAAUUCCUGCUCUCGCUGUCAGCGCAUCAGCGCUCGAUCGUCGAGCUGAAGGUGGUUACAUCCAAGAGGCUUCAGGUCUCGCCUCUUUCACCACCUACUCUGGGUGCAGCUCCCCAGCUUGUGGCCAAACAGUGACUGGAUACACUGCAGCCAUGAAUCAACUCGCCUAUGGUGCCGCAAGCGGCGAUGGUGCAGGUGACGCGUGCGGGCGCUGUUUCGCUGUGACGGCAACCGCCGAUACGUCCAACUCUGGUUACACCGGCCCCUUCUCCACUAUUGUUGUGAAGGUUACCAACCUCUGUCCAUAUACUGACACGGAAUGGUGUGGUCAAACCACCAGUAACCCAAAUAACUCGCACGGUUUGCCAUACCACUUCGACAUCUGCGCAGACGACGGUGCUUCCGAUGUAUUCUUCCCCUCAGGCCACACUGCUCUUUCCGGGAACUUUACCGAAGUCUCCUGCGAUGAGUGGAGUGGAAGUGACGGUAGCAAGCUGUGGGAUACCGGUUGCCUAGACGGCGAAACUGCCGAUUUCUGGCCUGCGGUUGGAUGCGGUAACGUAGGUACCGCCCCUAGUUGAGCUAGGUGAACCAACAUCAGCAAUGAUCUACAUGUACAGGAGGAGCUUUAGCGGCUUUCGCAUGGUCCUGGAGACUAGUAUCCCUCUUAGUACCGUUGAUACAUACAACUCUUGAUUCAUUUUGUGAUGCUCUAUCAGUCCAUCGUGAGAUUUGAAACGUUUUCAAGUUUCAAGGCA